UAAAAGACAGCAUUUACUCUCGUCAUUAAAUGGUGCUGUAUGUCUUCUUGUAAAGUGAAGACGGAUGAAAUGUUUUGGAAAUGUCCAUGAUUAAUUUUCUUAAUUUUAGUGGCUUUUAAAAUCCGGAAGGAGUGUAACAAACAGAACUCUUACGUAUGUUCUCGUACAACAACAUGGCUGGAUGACAGAUAGAAUGCCGUUAUUGUCAAUAACAGGACAGAUAUAAAGAAGAGUUUUAGAUAUUCUCUUGAAGGCUUGUUAGCUGUAACGAGUUGUUUCACGUCUGUUUUCCCGCUAGAAUGUUCACUUUCGCGAAAGCUAAGCUAGCGGUGCUCGGGACAGGACGGCGGUGUGUCGCACGGAGGGCGUUCAGAGGAUUCGCGUCCUCCGAGCGCGAUGAGGAAUCCAGCACUUCAGACAACCAGCUCUUUGACAUUAUAAUAUCCGGCGGGGGGAUGGUGGGCACCGCUAUGGCAUGUUCUUUGGGUCUAGAUCCAAAUUUGGCAGGGAAGAAGAUUCUUCUGCUUGAAGCUGGUCACAAAAAAGAGAUGGACAGGGUCCCGGAGACCUACAGUACACGGGUCAGCUCCAUCAGCCCAGGCUCAGCUACACUUCUAAGUGGUCUUGGUGCUUGGGAUCAUAUUGCAAAUAUGAGAUGCAAGCCGUAUAAUAAAAUGCAGGUUUGGGAUGCUUGUUCAGAUGCUCUGAUUACAUUUGAUAAGGACAAUCUGCAGGAAGAGAUGGCAUACAUCGUUGAGAACGAUGUCAUUGUGGCCGCCCUCACCAAACAGCUGCAGACUCUCUCUGACCAUGUUAAAGUGCAGUACCGAACAAAAGUGGUGAAGUACAUCUGGCCCCGUCCUUACCAUGUCUCUGAGUCCAUCCCUUGGGUUCAGGUGACUCUAGCUAAUGGAAAGACUCUCCACACCAGGCUGUUGAUUGGUGCUGAUGGACCGAACUCAAUGGUGCGGAGAGAGGCUGGCAUCCCCACAGUCAAAUGGAAUUACGAUCAGUCAGCGGCCGUCGCUGUUCUGCAUUUGUCUGAGCCCACAGAAAAUAACGUAGCCUGGCAGAGGUUUCUACCAAGUGGACCCAUUGCAAUGCUUCCUUUGUCAGACACAGAGAGCUCGCUGGUCUGGUCCACCAGUCAUCCGCAUGCUGAAGAACUUCUACAGCUGGAUGAAGAGAGCUUUGUGGAUGCCAUUAACUCUGCAUUUUGGAGUAAUGAGAACCAUUCUGAGCUGGUGGAGACUGCCGGCUCUCUGUUCCGGACGGCUCUUUCUGUCCUGAUGCCCGACAGCGGCUCUGCACGUCAGCUUCCACCUAGUGUUGCAGGUAUUGGCCCAAAGAGCCGGGUUAUGUUCCCGCUAGGCAUGGGCCAUGCCACAGAAUACAUCCGCCACAGAGUGGCCAUCAUUGGAGAUGCUGCACACAGAGUCCAUCCUUUAGCAGGCCAAGGUGCCAAUCUAGGCUUUGGCGAUGUGGCCUAUCUCACAAAAGUUCUCAGCCAAGCAGCAUUUAACGGAAAAGACCUUGGAGCCAUGCAGCACUUGUUGGAGUUUGAGACUGAACGUCAGCGACACAAUCUUCCUAUGAUGGCAGCCAUUGACCUCAUGAAGAGACUGUACUCCACUAAUGCCGCCCCUAUGGUUCUAUUGAGGACCUUCGGCCUGCAGGCUACCAACGCACUGCCUCCACUUAAAGAGCAGAUAAUGGCCUACGCCAGCAAGUAAAACAGUAGCUGCAAACUGGAUGUUUGCUGGAUCUCUAAUGUUAGAUUUUGUUCAUGGAAUUUAUAAGUGUAAAUUAAGUUAUAUUUUAUUCCUUAGUGGGUUAACAUUUUUAUGCCAUCUUUUCCAAUAACCCAUGUGAAAAUGUUAUAUAACAUAAAUACAAGAUGUAACUACUA